GUAUUGCUGUCCGGUCUAAUCAGCCAAUCCGCUGACCUCCUUCGUCAGGCUUCCCAGUAGGGUUCAGGACAACGUGCCACAGGCACAUGGAAACCUGACGCCUUAGGGACUGUGAACGCAGGGAAAAUUUUCGAAGGAGACUGCGAGGAUUUUCGCGGAACUAAAUAUAGUUUCAUUGCAUGAUGAAUGGCCAUUCAAGUCGCCCAGCCGCAUCGGCGGCCAUAUUAGCGGCAGGCCGCGCUGCAUUUGCUCCUGCCUACAGCCUGAUUCGUGACGUUAAUGGGCUGCCAAAUAAAAAUCACCAACCAGUCGGUCGGUAUACAGCGGUAUCCAAAAAGGUGACAAAAAGCAACGGGACUACCAAAGGAAUGUACUAUCCUGCCAGCUCCACUAUUUCGUCCACACACAACGCGGUUCUCGAUCCCACCAAAAGAUCACAGUCACAACAGCACGUCGAGCGAUCAUUCACAACGAAUUUGAAUCAGAACGUCCCGGGCUCACAGAGCCAGAAAUGUGUAUUCAACGGAGGACUUUAUAGCUCGGCAAUUGAACCUUCAACAAUCAACGGAAGUAGUGAGAAACUUGCCAGUCAAACUCAGCACAGUAAAUCGCAUUCUGUAACGUCGACGUUCUUCAUACGCGGUGAUACUGCUCGGGACGCGGCCAUUUCGCGUGAAACCGGUAACCGUUCCGCCGGUGGCAGUUUAUCUUGUGGCCAGCCUAGUCCAUCUUCGACAACAGAAGGCUCAGUUGCUAGUGCUCUGUCACCAACCAGUCUGAGAGUUGAGACAAGGCCUCAACACCAGUCGUUCUGGUUGCACCAGUCUGAACUCACCUUACCAACGGAGCGAGAUUUGCCUCCAGGAUAUGUCAACGGUGUAGGACAUUCAGUGCCUGACAAACGCGUUGCAAGUGUUCCUGGACUUGAAGCAGGCAUCAAGGCUCAGACAGUUGAGUCACUAUCCAAUUUGCCCUCAGCUGACACCCGCUACUUUUCUACAACAAGCAUGAAUUACGGAAAUCAGCACAGCCGCACCGAUUCAGAGGAUUACCUGAACAACUACGCCGCGGGGCCAAGCUUUCGGAAAAUACAAAACCUGCAUGGAUCUGGGGGCGCCCAAAGAAGAUUUCCAUCAGAUAAUACACUGAAUUUCACGCCUCGAGAUGGUGCACAGGUUUAUACGUCUGGUAGUAAACCUGGACCAGUAACCAUCCCUGCUCGGAGCCGCAGCGCCCAACCAAGUCCCGGUCCCAGUCCACUGGCAAGCCCCAACACAUUUUAUCGUGCUUCGGAAACCAAUCUGAACCAAGACUACGGGGCGGACAAACGUUCGAGGAUCACGAGGUCACAGCAAUUUGAGCUGCAGACGCCGGCACGUCGGGGCGCAUCUUCACCACCCAAUUUGGACAAACAAAAGUCUCAGUCGUUUGUGGUUAACGGAACCGAAGAUGAUGCGGAGUCACCGAUUCUUCCUUCCGUCCGAGAAAUCAUCCGUCAGGUGGAGGCCAUGACACAAUCAAAUGCUGCUACAUCCACGACGGACAUCUCCACUAUUGGUCAAGGUGGCGGACCCCCAAGUGGAAUUCCACGUUACCAACGGCAGCUCACUCAGCCAGUGCAAAAUCGUCGUAAUGCCUCAGCCUCCACAGAUAACUACGCUCGGAACGGAAUACUCCGACAAGGCGGUAGCAGCCAACGUACUCCGAGUGCGCCACAGUUGCGCGCGACUCAGUACACACCAAUGCAGGCGAAAUUCAACUCAAUCACCGCCGCAGCUUCAGCUGCAUCUGCGCAAAAUCGCAAUGUGGCUCCACCCGUCCCGCCACACGGAACGACUCGUAGCAGCAAGGCAAUAAUCGGUGCUUUUACAAGACGGGUGGAUCCUGUGUAUAACGACACCAGCCAGCCUCAGCGCUACGAAAUGGCAAAUGCGCAAUCAGUGAACAAGAAAACUGAACUCUUGAGUCAUUUACCCAAUGACUAUCAAAAGCUCCGUGAAGCAUUCAUUGAACAACGGCGUGAGAUUCAGCGUCUGAGGAAACAGUUGGCCGAAAAAGAUUUAUUAAUUGGUCAGCUACAAAGUGACAUUCGAUUAUACGAACCAUGGAGAUAAACACUCAGACUUCAACACCUUGCUUUCGUCUCCUCGAGGAACGUUUUCGAAGGGAGUUCGCUUGCUACUAUCAAUGGGCGUCAGUGCAAUCCCACCCUUGCUGGUUAUCCCUCUUGUCCAUACAAGACAUACCUCUUGACCAAAAAUGUGCUGUUUUUAGGCCUAUGCGUAAACCAUCUUUCAAACUGACGGAUUUGGCAUCCAACCGCCAGAUACCCUCCCUUUCUUCAUAGGCAACCUUCGUGGGGUUCCAUUAGAAGUAACUCACGAAAGGUCCAUCAGUCUGCUAUUCUGUACUGUAUCUUCUUUAAUGGGUUCACCAUUAUCACACUUGCCUUGUGUCUGUGCCUUAAAAAAGUCUUCCUUAUUCACAUUUCUGUUAUCAGGGCUUUUACUCUCACUGAUGUGAUUAUAUGUGGCGUGAAAUUCGACGCUUUUUCUUGCAUGGACCGCUCUAUUUGAAUACCAA